AUGUUCGCUGACAACUUUUGGCCAGCGACGCUAGAGGCCAUGGGUAACACUCCUUCCAGCUCUGCGUUGCAGACGUGCCUAAAAGGCGCCGUGGGAAAUGAUGUCGCUUUCAAAAGUGACCCUUUGUAUCAACUCGUGCACGUCAAGCCAUACAACCUUGGUGUUCCGAGUGUUCCAGCUGCUGUUACGUACCCAAGGACGGCAGACCAGGUCUCGAAGAUUGUAAAAUGUGCAGUCGACAAUGCUUUGAAGGUGCAGCCGCGAGGUGGUGGGCACUCGUAUGCAAACUAUGUCUUGGAGGAUGUCGGGUUACUCGCCACCUUCGAAACAAUGCUAAUCGUCGUUUUAGCUAUCGGAGGCGGCGUAGAUAAUACCAUCGUCGUCGAUUUGAAAAACUUCCAGCAGUUCUCUAUGGACCAGUCGACAUGGCAAGCAACCAUCGGUGGUGGCACGCUUCUCGGAGACCUUAGCAAACGCCUUCACGACAACGGAAACCGCGCAAUGGCGCACGGUACCUGUCCACAGGUCGGCAUCGGUGGGCAUGCCACAAUAGGCGGACUCGGUCCUCCAUCCAGAAUGUGGGGAACCAGCCUCGACGCCGUCGAGGAGGUUGAAGUCGUCCUUUCCAACUCUUCCGUCGUCCGCGCAUCCGAGCAGCAGAAUGCGGACAUCUUCUUCGCCGUGAGAGGUGCCGCAGCCGGAUUCGGCAUCGUGACUGAAUUCAAGGUGCGCACACAGCCCGAGCCAGGAGAAGCUGUUAUUUACUCAUACAACUUCACGGGGAACGAUAUAAAGUCGAAAGCGACCGCGUUCAAGCAGUGGCAAGCCCUCGUGUCCGACCCGAACCUGUCGCGAAAGUUUGCUUCUACAUUUAUCCUCACCGAACAGUUCGGCGCCAUCGCUACCGGAACAUUUUUUGGCUCCCGAGCAGAGUUUGACAGCCUGAACAUCAGCUCGCGGCUGCCGCCCAAGGAAGAGUCGAACGUCGAGUUCAACGAUUGGCUGGGCCUGGUCGGACACUGGGGAGAAGAUGUUGCCCUGAAAAUUGUCGGGGGCAUCCCAGCGAACUUUUAUAGCAAGUCACUUGCCUAUACCAAGAACGACUUGAUUCCCGAUGAGGGCGUCGAUAAGCUGUUCGAAUACCUCGACAAGGCGGACAAGGGCGGUGCCUUGUGGUUCAUCAUCUGGGAUCUCGCCGGCGGUGCUGUCAACGACGUCAAGCCAGAUGCGACCGCAUAUGGGCAUCGCGACACACUCUUCUUCCAUCAGUCCUAUGCCAUCAAUCUCCUUGGUAAGGUCAAGGAUCAAACCAGGACCUUCUUGACCGAAGUUAACAGCAUUGUCGAGGCCGCGGUACCUGGAGACCAAGACGGUGCAUACGCGGGAUAUGUGGAUCCGGCGCUCGGCGCUGAGCAAAGUGCGAGCUUGUACUGGAGUGGCAAUGUGGACAGACUACAGAAGAUCAAAGCGGAGGUUGAUCCAAAUGAUGUCUUCCACAACCCCCAAAGUAUCAGGCCUGCGAAGGGGAGCGCGAGGAUGAGGCGAUGA